AUGCCUUCCGCCGCGGCUCGACAGCUGUAUGAGGAUCAAAUACCCUCAUUCAUGUCUGUCUAUGGCGUGGACCGCGCGGUCAUGGACCACUCUAAUCCCGUCACAAUUGUCGACCCCAACCUGGUGAUGGAAGACUCAAAAGCGCCCGACGGUGCGCAGCCGGAAUUGCGGCCAGGUGCCUUACCCUCAGAGCCUGCUCACAAGCACAACAAUAGUACAUCAACGCACACGACCGAGUCGGCUGACUCGUCUCCAACGACCACAGUAUCAUGCACAGAUUCGUCCGACUUGUCCGAUCCCUCGCCAUCCUCGUCCCCGGACUCUCCCGUCAAUGCAGCGCCUCUUCAAGCUUUCGCACCGGUCUCGUUUGGAGGGCUGUCCAACAUGGCCAGCCUCACAGUGUCGGACCCGAAUUCGGAGCGGCCAAUGACCUCACCAGCACCCAGGCGGCCUAAGAACAUGAAGGGCCUUUCCAUUCAGCCUCCGUUUUGCUCCGUUUCGUCGUCGUUAUUGUCAGAACCGUCAUCUCCUUCAUUCAUCAAGCCUAUUAUUCCUGCAAUGAAACGCAAACCGAGCCAACUCAGUCUCAAAACAAACUCGUCAGAUCUCAUAAUGCGCUCAACACUCGAGGUUCCAGGUUCACCUGCGGUUCCCCCAAUCCUUCAGCGCCGCGCUCUGAAGCAUUCGACGUCCUCGCCACAGAUGCUGUCGGGGUUGAAGUCGGCAACCUUCGGCCCUGUUGGAGGGAUGACAAUCCCGACAGUUUUGGAACGGAACGAGUCGGGGCUCUCCUCUUUCCUGCGCCCGCCACGGCCUGCGGGCAGUUCCGAGAUGGGCCCGACCAUUGCAGAAGAGGAUUCACCGAUACGACCACAGAUCGCGAACCGUGCUGCUUACGAUACUGAACCUUACCACGAGGUUGAGAAUAACGAAGACCAGAAAACGCCGGGGUAUCCCGAUGGCCCGAUUCCCAUCUACGGCGACAAUGUCUUUCUCUAUCUCGAGCCAACUGCAGAAGAGGCGGCGCGCUUUGACGUGGUUAUCAAUGUCGCCCGUGAAGUCAGCAAUCCCUUUACAACUGCUGCGGCCGAUCAGCAAACCCGCGCCCCCGAGAAAGCAUCCGACAGCUCUCCAAUACCGGACAGCGCCGUGUCAACUGCCAGCUUUACUACUGCCUUUGAGUAUUCCCCAGAGGAUGUCUCAGUUGAGACGCCAACUACUCCUAAAGCACCGUCUCUCAAGGAGCCCGAGUACAUUCACAUUCCUUGGGAUCAUAACACAGAUAUUGCUCAGGAUCUGAUGAGACUUUGUGAGACAAUUGAUAAACGAACAAAGGAAGGGAAGAAGGUUUUGGUCCACUGCCAACAAGGCGCGAGCAGAUCGGCGAGUUUGAUCAUUGCCUAUGGUCUCUAUCAGAAUCCCGAGUUAUCUGUUAACGAUGCCUAUUACGCUGCUCAGGCAAAGAGCCGGUGGAUCAGUCCCAACAUGAGGUUGAUGUACUGCCUCCAGGACUUCCAAAAGGAAGUGGCCAAGAGGAGGUUGCUGCCGAGCGCAGGUUUCAAACCGCGGUGCGGUCGGAGUCCAACAAAGCACAGAGCAACUCAAUCGGCUGACAACAUCGAAGUGUCGCCAAAGGAGCCCUUAACGGCUCCCCUUCCGACUGAGGGGCCGGUCUCGAAGCGUGUGAGCCCAGAGAGGAGUCCGGCCCGGUCCCGGGGAAACUCGACUCCUAAUAGAGGAGAGCCCAUUUCGCCUGGCCCAUCAUCCGCGCCCUCGAGUUUUUCAUGGCCAGGGAAGGCGGAUGAGUCGUCAGAUCCAGGCAAGUUCGGUCGGGUCAAAUUGGACCACGGUGUUAGGGCCAAUCAAACCGACUCUGGCUUUGCGUCAUCCGCCAGCUCGUUGUCAAAGCCGCCACCCUCACCAGGAUUCGCCUCGCUCUCGUUUCCCAAGCCACCGCCAUCGCCGAGCUUUCCUACUGAGCCCAUACUGAAGCCGCCGCCAUCCAUUGGCCUGGUACCACUUGAGCUUUCAAAGCCGCCGAUGUCACCCGGUUUCCCGCCGCCGAAUCCAUUUUCGAGGCCGCCUGCUUCUCCCGGAUUUGGGUCCCACAGGUUUGGCCGGUUGGAGCACAAGCUAAGCUUUGGGUCGCUAAACCUCAGGCCGCCGCCGAAUUCGACCGAUGCUAAGCAGGAGACCUCGGAGGGACAAACGAUGACCAGCAAUCCGAUUCACGAAUCGCUCAGCGAACUUUCGGGAAUGAAGUUUAUUGAGGUUCCACCGACGCCUGACGAAGGGUUGUUCUCGCCUCGGGAGACCAUGUUUCCCCGUGAUCCAUUCCUCCCAUUCGGCCGGCCGAUUCAGAUCGCCGAUCCGCGCAGUCCUCCGACUAAGGGCGAGACCCCAAUUGUGCGGUCAAUCGAUGAAAUGAUUUGA